UCUCUCCUGUCUCCUCCCUCUCCCAUCUCUCUCCAUCCGGCCUGCGCCUCGCCUUUCGUCUCCCCCUUUUUUCCUCCUCCGUCUCGUCUCGUCCCGUCUGGCCUCGCCUUGCCAUCCGCCUCGCUGUCGAACCGAGGCUAGCAGACCGUCCACAUCUCGCCAUGUCGCCUCACAAGGGUGAGCCGAAGCCUGGAAAGGCUACCACCGGCCAUACGAAGAGGAAGCACUCCGCCGUCAUCACCCAGUCGCGGCCCGUCGUCAUGCCCGCUAUCCCCCUGCUGAUGGCCUCCCGGUCCUUCUCCGGGAACCAGCGUGUUGCGAUUCAUCCGUCGAGCAACGGCGUCCCCGCUUCGUCCCUCGAGGCUGCUCUUACCGACGCAGUUCCCGCUUCGGAUAGUGCGAAAGUUGUGCAGUCAGCCCAGGCCUUAGAGCAUGGGGUUAACGGUUUCGAUGUGGAGAUGCCCGAACAUGCCGCCGCCGCCGCCAAUGUCGAUAACCCUCUCCAGCGCGAUGCCAGCCACUCCGACAACGGCAACAAUAUCCCCAGCGAGAUUGUCGAUGCUCCCGUGUCGGUGCGUGGCGUCAACGGGGCCGGCGGCAGCAGCAAUGCUCCGCGACACACGCCCUCGGCCUCGUCCGUUGCAGAUGCCGAGUCUGCCGCUGGAUCCGCUGUUGUUUCUGCGGAUCACUACUAUCCAGGUGCCCAAGAUGCACCCCGACAUGUCUCACAACCCCAGUCGGCCGCGUCCUCUAUUCGACCAGAAUUCCAUUCUCUCUCUCAGGGACCCCACCUCCCGCACCACCCGCCGCCCACCGAUCAGUUCCCCGACCCUACCAGCCGAGGCGGCCCGCCCCACAUGCACCCUUACCACCCCGCUCGCGUGAGCAACGGCGGCAUCAUGUUUGGUGGGUUUGCUAGCUCGCAUACCCCUUCCCCGGCACCGCUGCCCGGUGGCUUCGUGCCUCCGGCGCCCCCACCCGCCAACGGCGAGAACCGCAUCCAUGCCCAGGCCAACGGCCACCACCCCAGCAGCCCUGACGGGAACGGCUUUCCAGGUCCGAUCAAGACCCAAUUCCGACCCGAGAUGAUGCCCAUGGCUGGCGGAGGCGUCGAGGCCUAUGGACAGGGACCAGCUCCCGUACCGCACCCUCCUUACGAUCCCUACUCGCCUAGCGUUGCCCGUUACGGCCUCUCGACUCCCCACAGCUUCCACGGCUCGCCCGCUUCGGUAGAGCUAAACGGUGUUGAGAAUGGCGUCAUGCCGUAUCCUCCUCCUAAUGGUCCCCCCUACGGCGGUCACGUCCAUCAUGAGCAUCCCGUCAGCCAUUUCCCGCCCUUCGUGCCCAUGGGCGUUUUUGCCCGCUACGGAGAUGUGAUGGACGACGGGCUGGUAGAUAGCAUCCGCUAUCUCCGAGGCCAGUUCGACAAUGGCGAGCUUGCCGACUGCGUCCUCGAACUCGUUUCUACGAAGGGCGCCCACCGCCCCGUGAAGAUAACCGGUCACAAACUCAUUUUAGCGCGCAGUCCAUCCCUGAGGCAGCACAUCAUGGCUGCCCGUGCCACAGAUCUGGGCUCGCAUACGAUCACUGUCGAGUCGGAAGACCCCUUCCUACGUUCUGAUGCUUGGUGGGGCGCAGUGCGGCGCCUGUACAUGUACCCACUGCUUACACCCGUCGAUAUCACAGGGUUCACGAGCGAUAAGGUCGAUCGGUUCCAGUUCUGCCUAGGCUACGCUGCCGCGGGUCAUAUUCUGAACAUGCAAGAUGUCCACUUGCGCGGUCUCCAGAUGGCUGCCGACUUCCUGUCGUGGAGUACCGUGGAGGCAGCUCUCGGCUUUGUGCUCGAAGGCACCACGCAACGACACGUCAACUAUGACGCGGAGCAGGAAGUCGAGCUGGAGUUCGGAUACGGCCCGGAGACCAGACUUCUCCUGGAUGCCACUAUGAACUUCCUUAUCAACGCUUUCCCUUCCGAUUUCAAGCUCGAUACCUCGGUGGGCGAUUCCCAGAACUUUGCCCGCAUCCCCGUCGCUUUUGCCGCCACCAGUCCGACAGCGAAGGGUGCGGAACCCGCCCUAGCUCAAGACGUAGAGGUGCGCGACCGAGCCAAGGCGAACCGGUUUUCGAGCAUCAAGUUCGGCGACCUCCCACCCGUCUAUCCGGAAGACGGCACGCCUCAACGCAGCCCCGCCAAGUGCUCCCCGGUUCUCUCGCGCGUCUUGCUGAACCUGCCGUUCUAUGAGCUGUGCGCCGUGCUGACCUCUGCCAGCGACGGUGUCUCGGGCUGGAACAGCGCCCAGGGCCGAUACCACGCUGUCGCCGGAGUUGUGGCCGAGAGAGAAGCAAGACGUGUGCGCGCCGUCGAAGCAGUCCGUUCUGAAGCGGUCCCCCAUUAUCGGGAGAUCCAACAGCGGCUCUCUGCCCAGCGACGCCAUCCGGUCGUGGAGCCCUGGGACGUGUUGAAUUGGCAGGAGGAAGUCGUUCAGCCGCGGGGUGCCGAAGUCCCCGGAAUCGUCCGAAGCUGGGUACCGCAAUUCUCGACGGCUGCGGAGGCACCACAGAAGCAGCCGCGGCUGCGCCUGUACGACGCGCACAAAUCGAUGGUCUAGCUGGCAGGCCGGAAGUUUUUUUGUGUGAUGGGCUCUCAUGAUGGAACGCCUCGGGUUGGCGGUUACGGAUGAGUCGAGUUUCCUUUAUCGCAUGGCACCUAAUGAGAAGGAAACAAAACAGAA